AUGAAUGAUAAUGAUGAAUCAGUGAAGCUCACUAAAGAAGAUGAGGAGUAUGUUCUGAUUGAUCUUGACCAUGUUGCGAGGCACAUUGACAUCCCAUCAGAAGCUCCAUUUACUUUAUCAAGUUUGGAUACUUUGAAUCCGGUAUUGACCAUUGAUGGCAAAAUCAAACUGGUAAAGGUUGGAGAAUACUUGGAGACAAUUGGUACAUGUCUUGCUCUCUCUGAUAAGGAAGUUGUAGCAGCUGAAAACCAGACACCACACAAGACAGUGGAACCUAUUGCCAAGCUUCACAAGAUCCUUAAGUUUAGGUUAGCAUUAGACAAUGAGGAUGGAGAGAACACAAGAUCAGCCAGUUUGUAA